AUGAGCCAAGCGCCCCAAGACCCAUUUAGAAACUACGGGGAUGUAGAAGUAUACGGUGAAUUUGUGAAGGACAACCUCUUCCAAACCACCAUCGACAAGAUCAAACAGCUGUGCAAUCAAAUACCUGCAGCUGGAGGGACGCAAGGUAACAGCGGAAGCGGCAGCAGCAACAGUAACAACAACAACAACAAUAACAAAAAUAGUGGCAAUGGCGAAACCAAAACCAACACAAAGACACGAGGCUGUAACAACAACGGCAAGGCUGAGAAACGAUGGCCAGUGGGUGAAGACGCCUCAAAGGAGAACGGAGAAACAUGCCCCGUUACACCCACGACCAUCAACAAUAACAACAAUAACAGCAGCAAGGUCAGCACUCCCAAUAGCUUAGCAGGGAAGGCGGUGGACUCUCAGAAUGCCCAGGAGAAAAUCGCACCCCCUACCGACAAGGAGGGAAAGGGGUCAGAGGCCAAGUCACCCGCAGCAACGACGGGAGUGACGGGAGCAGGCUCAUGCGUAGAGAACCUCUCGUCUACAUCUGCCAUCCCUUCUUCUACUUCUACAACCACCUCACCCUCAUCGUCAUCCAAAGACGACUCGAUACCACUAAAAAAGGAUGACACUUACACUACUGUCAACCUACGCCGUUUGUCCCUGAACUCGCCUUCGGGGUCUAAGGAUAAGAAGGAGGAGGCGGCAGGGACAGGAGCGGGUUCGGGCUCAGGGGCAGGGUGUGGGACUCUCAAUGAUUCCAGUUACAUCGAUGUUCUUAACAACAUUAAUUACACACGCCUCCUCACCGACCAAAUCUUGGCUGUGGACCGCCAGGUUGUAGCCCACUGCAAGGCUCGUACCGACAUGUCUGGGUCGACAGCGGUGGUGGCUGUCCUGGAUGGGGAGCUUCUGGUUAUCGGCAACGUGGGAGACUCUCGUGCAGUGAUGGCAGACCUCAAGGGGUCCACCAUACCCUCCUUUGACCACAAGCCUAACCAACUGAAGGAGUGUCGCCGCAUCAAGGAGGCUGGUGGCUUCAUGAGCUUCACUGGGGUGGGGCGUGUGGCAGGGGUGCUGGCCACCUCUCGUGCCCUUGGUGACUUCCCCCUCAAGGAGCCUCGCCAGCUCAUCACUGCAGAGCCUGAUGUUUUAACUUUCAGCCUUUUAGAUCAUAGGGCUCACUUCAUCAUCCUUGCUACGGAUGGACUAUGGGAUGUGAUGAGCAACGAUGAGGCAGUGGCCUUCGUAAGGGACCACCUCCACGAGCCUGACCAUGGUGCUAAGGCUCUCACCAUGCACGCCUUCCACCGUGGUUCGCAGGACAAUAUCACUGUGGCCAUACUUAACGUUAGCAAGCUACUCCGGAAGUGAGUUGACUGCUACAAAGAUCUGUGUGUGUAUCUCUGAACUGCUGGCUCGCACCCAAACACCAAGGAAGUGUUUUAUUGUUACAACCAGACCAUAUCCUCAAGCUCUCUUGGAACAGAUGGGACUGGUGCUCUAGACUAACAGAUAUUCUUCGUGCAAACCGUGCAUUUGUUACUACCUCCAGAUUUCUUUUUUAAUCAUAUUUAUUUUAUGCUGUCAUUUGUUAGGCUCAUGUCUCAAUCAUUCUUAGGGCCAGUCUCACAGUUCCCCACGAUAGGUUAGUAAGCUCCCAAACCAAUACCAGAGCCUUCGAAGUUUCCUUGUGUAGUGUCUGGUGUAUGUAUUUAAGUUCACAAAUUUGAUGAAGCUAUACAGGAAAAGUCUUGUGUAUUUAGUGUGGCAUCGAAGACCUCACCAUUUUGGAUUG